CCUCAUCAAAACAGUGUCGUUUCCCGGCCGUGUCCGGUUUCUUCGUCUCACUUCGUGCAUAUUCGGAACGUGUCAAGCUGCAGACAUGUUUAAUUUCAGAAUUCGAGGGGUGUUUUACCGUGAUAGAACCAAUUAAGUCUGUCAGCACCGUCGAGACGACGCUUAUUCCCGACUCUCUCUCUUCAGCAGCGAAGACGCGAUGAUGGUGGAGCAGUCGGACCGAGCUCCGCUGCUCGACUGGGAAGAGGAGGUCGGGCGGGCCGAACCGAGCCCCGCCAUGCCCGCUCCUCACAGCGGCGGAUUCCUGGCCACAGACCCGCCAGACCGCUGUCCUCCGAGCAAAAAUGGCGCGAAUCCCGGCUGGAGCGCGAGCCCGGGAGGUGGAGGUAGUGUAACAGCUGUUAAAGGCAGGGGCAGGAGCACGCGCCCUGGGCCGGAGGGGGAUGCUUAUGCUUCAGGCACGGAUGAGGAAGGAGACUGCGCCUUCCCCGGACCCUCCAUCAAAACCCGCGCAGUACAGGGGUGGGAAGAGAAAGAUCAGAUUGUUGCUGUGUUCGUGGUGACCUUUGACACGAGAUCAGGAAACAUUGUGGAGUGGUGCUUACCUCAGGACAUAAACCUGGAAGGUGUGGAGUUCAAGUCAAUGGCCAGCGGUUCUCAUCGAAUUGCAAAUGAUUUCAUAUAUUUUCGCAAAGGAUCUUUCUUUGGGCUGGCAUGCUUCGCCAAUAUGCCGGUGGAGAGUGAGCUAGAGAGGGGGGCUCGAAUGAAGUCUGUAGGCAUCCUGUCACCGUCAUACACACUGCUCUACCGCUACAUGCACUUUCUAGAGAACCAGGUCAAGCACCAGCUGCAGUAUCCGGGCCAGUACUCACCACUGGAGGCUUUUUACGAGGAUAAGAAGGCUGUGCUUCCCCCGGGGGGGAACGGUCUGGUCACGGUCUGCCCCACUAGCACCAUGGUGAACCGCUGCAUGCAUCCAGAGAUGAAGAUUACACAUCCUGCUGGCUGCAUGUCUCAGUUCAUCCGUUUCUUUGGAGAGCAGAUCAUGGUGUUGUGGAAGUUUGCCUUGUUAAGGAAGCGCAUCCUCAUCUUUUCUCCUCCACCUGUCGGCGUGGUCUGUUACCGGGUAUACUGCUGUUGCUGCCUUGCUAAUGUGUCCAUACCUGGGAUUGGUGGCUCUGUACCAGAGCUCCGCCCCUUCUUCUAUAUCAAUGUCGCUGACAUCACAGCUCUGGAGACGGAAUUGUCCUACGUGGCUUGCACUACAGAGAAGAUUUUUGAGGAAAAGAAAGAGCUUUAUGAUGUCUACAUUGACAACCAGAAUGUGAAGACACACAGAGAAAGCCUGCAGCCUCUGUUGCGAAUUAACAAUGCCGACAGGGAGAAGUAUCGCAAACUCAGUGAACAGAGGCAGUUGUUGCUGUAUUCCCAGGAGGUUGAUGGAGACUGCACCUCUAGUGAGGAAGACCUCUUUAUUCUGUUCUUCAUGGAGCAGAACAACCGCAUCUUUCAAACCCUGCUGGAGGUCGCAGGGAGCGCUGAUCCCACCCUGACUCCCGAGCAUGUGCGUGCUAUGGGCUUGGACCCGCAGGCUGACCGCGGCUUCCUUGUGGAUCUGCUGGAGGUCUACGGCAUCGAUGUCAUGCUGGUUAUCGACAAUCCAUGCUGCCCGAGCCAGUACUGACCCCUGGCCUCACCGCUGGAGUGAAAUGAUACUGCCUCUUCAGGCUUUGAUACACUGCUGCCUUCACGCCCCUGACGUCUGUCUGCUUAUGUAUGUUUGCGUGUGUGUGUGUGUGUGUGUGUGUGUGUGUGUUUUUUUCUCAGUAUCUUGACAGCUACCUGUGGGUUUCUUUCCCAACUGCGCCUACGUCCUGAAAAGUGACAAAACUGAUCUCUGUGCCUCUUUAUUACUGCUUGUUUUGUGGACCUCAAUUGUGACUCUUUUCUUCUAGCCAGUGCUGUUUUGGAGGCCUGAUGUAAGGCCCUGUCUGGGUCUCCAGUGUGCUUCAUCUGAGCCCCACAGACUUAAAGUAAAGCAAUGGAAACACUUUCAUCCUUGUGUCGGACUGGUAUUUUGUCUGAUGAAGGAAGGUAACUGAAAGGCAAUGAUCCACUACGUUGUUCCAUAUUAACGGUUUUUGCAGAUGUACGGUAUAAUGCACCUGACUGGAACUGUUUUAUUGGACCACAUUUCCAUAAUUUCCUGCACUAUUUAUUAAGCUUACUCAACAUAAAUUCAGUUUUUAUUUUCUAAAAACAAAAUGGACAUCAGUUUGACCAUUUUGGUGUCUCUCCCUCUCUCUCUCUCUCUCUCUCUCUCUCUCUCUCUCUCUCCCUCUCCACUGAUGCUUUUUGGAUUUUGUCAGCCCUUAUGCCUGUACCUAAUGACUGGAUGAGUGUCGAUGACAAAAGGAACAAUUUAAAUAUUUUGAAGAGUGCUAAUAAAUCCUUUAAGAAUUCAUCGGUUAAAUAUUCUGGUCUCCAGAGUGAUGACGGGUCUGGAAUGUAAAUUCAUGAUGAAAGACACAAGCGUCUCAACUGCUGUAUGUUCACCUUCAAUCAUGCUCAUGGACCACAUUGGAUUUGCUGCAAAUUCUGUUGAUCCUGAAUCACUGUAUUUUCUAGAGCAGGGCUGGACAACCUGUAGCCUCAGAAGAUGGCUGGAUAUAUGUGCCAGGAUUAGAUCAGUUUUCACAGUGGCAUCAGUUUUGGCCAAGUAAAUUAAUUAAAAUUAAUGGAAUUUACAUGUUGUGUUUUGGCUCUUGGCUUAAAUGAUGCACUGUAUUUUGACACACCAGGUGUCCCCUGCUCUAGAGUAAAAAGACCAGUCUCUUAUUUGGACUGCCUUUAAUAUGACUAUAAUAAUUCUACUGUAUUAUAAUAUGGAUACAGUAGGUGUGAAUGCUAAUGACACAGACACAGACAGGGGUAUAUAUAUAUAUAUAUGUAUGUAUUUGUGCUGAAUUUAACACAUUCCUUACGUUAGGUAUUGGUUGCAAGUUGUAUAUUUUUUCUGCACCAUAUGAAGCUCAGUUGUAAUACAAUGACACAUUUUGAUCCAGUUAUUGUGAUGCUUUUGAAUGUUUUUUUUUUUUUUCCCCACACAGAAAAAUAUGAAUGUGAUUCUAUCAGUGAAUGCUGUAUUGUUUAAUGACUUCUGUAGACUUCGUUUUAUGUGUAAGCUUGGAUUUGUGUUUAAAAUGUAUUUGCAAUGAUUUGACUCAAUUAGUUUUUAUCAGAACUAGAUCAUAUGGCCAUACUGGCAAAGUCAGCUGCUGCUCCCUAAAAGAAUUUAUUCAUACAGCACCAGUUAAUAGAUUACAUUUAGAUCGCACUACAUUAGUUGUAAUCCAUGGCUUGUACAUAGGUGAUAAGUUUGCCCCUAUUUAUCACCAAACAUUGUCUAUGUCUGUAAGGGUGAGAAACUCAGUAACAAACAGUCUAUUGUGUUGUUUAGGGCCUGUGGAACUUUGCAGGCAAUAAACCCUACUGUCUUCGAUCCAGCAGUCCAGAUUUGUGUUCAAUCUACAUACCAAACUCUUAUUUGAAAGGUUGACUGCAAAGAGUAAUCAUGUCUUCUUUCUGUGAAUGAGUGCAGGCACUCGUUGAUUGAUACAUAUUUGGGAUACAAAUAUGCUUUUACUAUUGAUGGUAAAAUCUACCGAGUUUAAAUUAACAAUAUAUAAUCUCUUAGACAUGUUAUAUAGCGGUAAUAUGGCGGAAUCGCUGAUGUGAAUUUUUUGAUAUAUCUCAUGUACUACCUAUUCUUUACCUCUUAAAUAAUAUUUUAUUAACAGCAGCGUUAAUGUGAUCUUGAUGAGAAAAUAUACAGUAAUGACUGCAUAUGAAUCAACUGUGUAUGAAUGCUUAAACAAAUAGGUGUUGACUAAGCAUUAAAAUGUCAUUAAGGCAUACACAGUGGAGAAAUGUUCAGCUCCAUUUAGCCGAUGUCUGUACUCGUUUAACAUUUUUUCCAUCAUGCUACCGACUGUAACUGCAUGUUUUUUGUUUUUUUUGGUCUAAACCCAGUGGUUCUUUUUACUGCCAUCUUGAAAUAAACUCUCUUUGCUGAUGGUU